GCCCGUGGUAACCCGGAGUCUGCGGAAGUGUAGCUGCAGCACGGUGGCCGACAGGUAACCCGCAGCUCGGCUGUCAACCAGCCACUCCGGGUUAUGGGGAUCGGCGACCUCUGAUGAGGUGAGCAGGGAGCAGAGGAAGUACCGAGUGGAUGUAUUCUGUUGACAUGGACACAGACAUGACAAGGACCUUCAGAACUAUGAGAACUGACAAAACCUUUCACCGUAUAUAUGUAUGGGUCAGGGUUAAAGUUGACACAGAGCCUUCUUCCUCUGGUACAAGGAAUUGGAAGUUGUGGAAAGACAACCUAUGCCAGUGGGUGCUUCUUAUUUGGUAAGCCAGCCAUUUGUGAUUCUGAGCUGCUAGAGGAGAUAAGAAGCCUCAGCUGCGAUUCAGCAAAGCUACCAACUGCAAACUACACCAUGGACAUAAACCUGGACCCUUCUCGGGAUGAUCUGCCUCUCAUGGCCAACACCAGCCACCUGCUUGUGAAGCACUACGUACUGGAUUUGGAUGUGGACUUUGGAAGUCGAGUCCUUGAGGGCAACAUAGUGCUUUUCUUUGGAGAUGGAAACAGAUGUAAAAAACAAUCGAGUUCCUCCCAGGAAACCUUCCAGAUGGAGUCAGAGGAAGCCUACAUACUUAGGACAGCUGAACCCUGCCAUGUUCCAAAGAUGGAUUCAAAUACUUUCUCACCUAAGAUGGGACAUAGAGAAUUUGCAGUCUUUGGUAAAAGUGAUCAAGAUGCCUUUGAUAAUGAUGGUAACCAUGACAACAAGGAACAUGAUUCUGAGAGCUCUAGCUCAAAGUACUGCUGUGACACAGGGAAUCAUGGGAGAGAGGAUUUCUUGCUAGUGUUGGACUGCUGUGAUUUGUCUGUGCUAAAGGUAGAGGAGGUGGAUGUAGCUGCUGUGCCAGAUCUUGAGAAAUUUACAAAAGCUCCAAACCUCACAGCUGCUCCUGAGAAGCGCAGGUGUGAGAUUGUCCGUGACCUUGUGGCUCUGCCUGCAGAUGCUUGGAGGGAGCAGUUAGACUGCUACACUCGCUGCAGCCAGGCUCCUGGCUGUGGGGAGCUCUUGUUUGACUCUGACAAGUGGAGCUUACAGAUCAGGAAGAAGGGGGUUCCGACAGCUGCUGACUUUCCUCAUGCCAUCAGGAUAUGGUAUAAAACUAAACCUGAGGGGCAGUCAGUGACUUGGACCUCAGACCAGGAUGGCAGGCCAUGUGUUUAUACUAUGGGAUCCCCCAUCAACAACAGGGCCCUUUUUCCAUGCCAGGAACCACCGGUUGCCAUGUCAACAUGGCAGGCUACAGUUCGAGCAGCUGCAUCUUUUGUUGUUUUAAUGAGUGGGGAAAAGUCUGCCAAGCCCACACCACUUCGAGAAGGAUACAUGAGCUGGCAUUACUAUGUGACCAUGCCAAUGCCUGCCUCUACCUUCACAAUUGCAGUGGGAUGCUGGACAGAAAUGAAGCCCAAGACAUCCCCAUUAGAUGAUCUGACUGAGCACACCCUCCCCCUCCGACCAUCAGACGCUGACUUCAGGUAUGGUAACACCUGCAGUCAUAUGGAAUACCCCUGCCGGUUCCAGAGUGCGUCUGCUGCCACCCAGAACAUCAUUCCUUAUCGAGUGUUUGCCCCAGUGUGCCUUGAGGGUGCCUGCCGAGAGGCCCUGCUGUGGCUGAUCCCCUCUUGCCUCUCAGCUGCACACUCUGUCCUGGGAACACACCCUUUCUCCAGGCUGGACAUACUUAUUGUCCCCACCAACUUCCCAAGUCUGGGAAUGGCCAGCCCACACAUCAUCUUCCUCUCUCAGAGCACCUUGACAGGCACAAGCCAUCUCUGCGGGACCCGUCUUUGCCAUGAAAUUGCUCAUGCCUGGUUUGGCCUAGCCAUAGGGGCCCGAGACUGGACAGAGGAGUGGCUCAGCGAAGGAUUUGCCACUCACUUGGAAGAUAUAUUUUGGGCUGAAGCACAGCAGCUGCCCCCACAUGAGGCCCUGGAGCAGCAAGAGCUGAGGGCUUGCCUGCGCUGGCACCGCCUGCAGGAUGAGCUUCAGAACUCCCCAGAGGGAAUGCAGGUGUUAAGACCCAACAAAGAGAAGACUGGUCACGUGAGUGCUUCAGGUGCCUCUGUUGUCAAGAAUGGACUCAACCCAGAGAAGGGCUUCAUGCAGGUUCAUUACUUAAAGGGCUACUUCCUUCUUCGAUUCCUAGCCAGAACACUUGGAGAGGAAACUUAUUUUCCAUUUUUAAGAAAAUUUGUGCACCUGUUUCAUGGGCAGUUGAUUCUUUCCCAGGAUUUUCUUCAAAUGCUGUUGGAGAGCAUUCCAGAAAACAAAAGGUUCGGCCUGUCUGUUGAGAACAUCGUCGGUGAUUGGCUUGAGUGUCCCGGAAUACCCAAGGCACUGCAGGAGGAGCGCAAGGCCAAGGACUGCUCGCCGAGUAGGCUGGUACGGCAAGUGGGCUCCGAGGUGGCCAAAUGGAUUCGAGUGAACCGAAGACCCGGAAAACGCCAACGAAGGAAACGUGAAGCCGCCUUUGAAAAGCUUUCUCCAGACCAGAUCGUGUUGCUUUUGGAGUGGCUCUUAGAGCAGAAGACCCUGAGCCCCCAGACAUUGCAUCGUCUCCAGCAGACGUACCAUCUCCAGGAGCAGGAUGCAGAGGUUCGCCAUCGAUGGUGUGAACUGGUUAUUAAGCACAAGUACACAAAGGCAUAUGAUCAGGUCAAGAGGUUCCUACAGGAGGAUCAGGCCAUGGGCAUAUACCUCUACGGGGAGCUGAUGGUGAGUGAGGAUGCCAGGCUGCAGCAGCUUGCCCACCGGUGCUUUGAGCUGGUAAAGGGACACAUGGACAAAGCAUCCGCCCAGGUGGUGACCGAAAUGCUGUUCUAAAGAGGUAAUUUUCUUUCUUUCUCCUCCUAACCCUCCAUGUUGAUUUGAAAGCCACAGAUGAGCCAAGGCCGCCACAGCACCAGAGGGCUGCCAAGCGGUCUUGGGGAGCAAGCAGGGUGGGUCCCCAAGAACAGGAAGGCUCAGGAUCUCUGGAGCCACCUCGUCUUCUGGAUAUACUGGUGUAAAACAGGUUCCUACUAAAGGAGGAACAGCCCCCUGGUACCUUGGAUUCUGCACAGAUCCACAGGCUUCUCAGGGUCAAGGUCAGCACAGUGGUCCGCAGCCUCGCUGCUCCAAGCUUCGGCCUGCAGGCGUUUCUCCUAGAGGCUGUGUAAACCUGAGACUCCUUGGCCUCUUGUCUCCCCGACCUGUAAAGUAGGCAGCAGCGUGUUCUUACACAUCCCCCUUGCUCAGUGACCGGUGAGGUAGACAGCAGGUCUUCUUUGCCUGUCCACCCAGGUGACACUGGCAUCCUAAGGGCAAGUCUGUUUCCAUCUGGUGCUGGAACAGGGUUUACCCUGGCUCCCAGAGUCCUUGCCUGUGCUGUUACCUUCCCCCUCUAGCCAACUUGUUGACCAGUAGUGUAGUUGAGCCACAAAGCAUGGAGUUCUGGGACACAAGUGUGGGUUAGUGUGUUUCUUUCACAGUCAUGUCAUCUCUGCAUCUUCUUUCUCAGUUAUUGUCAUGGUGGUACAUAUGAUGUUUACUUUUCGUAUAUUUUUUAAAUUUUACAUCAAUCACUGUGUUACUGUUGUUCUCUGUGAGUACUAUUAUGAAUGUUUAGAAUUGUGUUGCUAAUCUUAACUCUUGGUCAGGCAUUAAAUUUACAUUUUCACAUUUCACUUUUACAAAACCCACUCCUGUGUACUAUGUUUAUUUUGUUUAUGUGAAAGAACUAAUCUUAUGAAGGGGAAGCAUGUUUACUGAAAUAUGAUGGUGUUCUUGCGGAAAUGCUGGGGACCGCCAUAGUUGAGCAGAGGAGAGUGUGGGGUGGAGUAAGCCUGCACACCACGACCUAGGACGGUGGCCUGUGCAAGCAGGCAGGUUCGGCUGGGCUCCUCUCCACUGCCUGCUGCAGGCAUUUCUCUAGGAACUUGUAAGCUCAGGGAUUGUUGGUGUGGUGUGUAAGGUCACAAUAAAGCCACUAUUCUGUCUUCCGGUCCUUUGGCCUUCACUUUGGAGAGCCAGAGUCAGAUAGUGGUACGAGCGACUCUUCUAAGGGUAUUUUUGGCCCCUGUGCAAGCAAAUCCUCAACUUCCAAGCUCCCCUGAGAACUCUAUGCUGUACCCCAGCUCAUCCAACCAAAUGCUUGGUCACAGCAGCUCCAGAAACUCUCUGCACACCAUGCCUACUGAGAAGAGUUUCCUAUCCAAGGGGCCCAUAGACAUCUCAGGCCAUUAAAAAUCUGCAGUUUGAGAACAGGGUGUGUCCCCAGGGUUAAAGGUCACAUACUCAGAGCGAGGAUUGGUCAUGUAGCUGAUAAGUGUGUCCUUUGUCUCCUGGUUCCCUAUGCUCCUCUAUACAGUGCAGCUAGCAUGCUGGAUGACAGCAGGCUACAUACACUGCUAGCGUGGUGGGCUCAGAGGCGGUGUGGAGGACACUCAGCGCAUGUGGAUGGGAGUGGUUGGGCAUGGCGCUGCCCUCACCUGCUCUGGCUGCUUGGGUUCCUGGCAUGCUGAUUUGUGACUUGAGAUUAAAAUCACAUUGCCAGGGAUUACCACGCAACCAUGACCUUGGCUGCUCCUGCAGAACCGUGGCUACUUUCUCUCUGCAGUUUGGAGAACAGAGGCACCUUGUGGCUCUUUGGGAAAAAAAAAAAAAAAAAAGAAGCCACCAGCCUUCGAAGAUGCUCACCAGCCCUUUAAUUAUGGCCGGCGAUGACCUCUCUAACAAGGUGCAGAGCUUAGCUGAUUGGUGAACAGUGAUUGGUUUCCGCUUUGUUCACAGUGGCUAAGUUCUGCACCUGAAGAGAAGGUGAGAUGGGGACAGUUAACUUGCAGCUGCCAGGCAGAGGCCACUGCCUGGUGGUCACUCCAGAGGAGGAGAGACCAGCCUGCCUCAAGGCUGUGUUGUCAAGAGUGCAAGCAGCGUGCUGACCACCCUUAAAUGUGCCUACAGAAAAUACAGAUCUACUGCUAAUUAGUCCACUGUAAUAUCAAGUGUAUUGGAGUCACAGAAAACUAAAACCAGAUGCAUCACAAAAGCUGAGCGGAGUCUCAGCUGAUGCCACACGUGAGGGUGGGGUUGGGGGUGGUUCUUUUGUCCCUGCUGGGCGUGGUGAACUCUUUCUUGUAUUUGCAGUCCAGGUCUCCAUGUCUUCACAGUCGCUGGCAGGAUGAUGCCCAGGGCACGCCAGGAGGCACUGCCCAGCUGUGAUUGGACCCGCCCUCCGGUGCCUACUGAGCUGAUAUCAGUUCUCAUUUCACACACUGGCUCAGUUCAGCAGGAACAGGAGUCGAGCCCUUGAGCAAAAAGCCUACCCAUCUGUAAGUGCCUGAGGCAGGCCUCCCACGGACAAGAAGAUGAAGGGCCUUGAGUGUCUGGUACCAGACCCAACAGCAGUGGUAUCCCUCUGUAUGUGCUCUUGAGGUGGGGAUUUAUAGAGUGCAGAUCAAACUUUGGAAAGAUUGCAUUCCCUAGAAGUAAGGCAGAGCAGAAGCCGAGCGUUUGCCAUGUGUUUGAGACAGAGCACACCCUGUUGUCUGCUGCCUUGAGCAGUGUGAAUGCUGUCUUAAGGGCUUUCUGUAGAGCCGCCUUCCAUUGAAUCUCUCUGGGCUUCACAGCCCUGCAUGGCCUAUGCUGUGACUGUGCACCCCAGGUCGAGGAUUGUGAGGCGUGGCUUCAGUCUUGUCCCUGUCCUCCCUGAAAGUUCCCUCUCAAGUGGAGGUCAGAGGCUAGGAGAACUCCUGUCAGAAUGACUGUGGUGACUGGGUAAUAAAUUUUAUUGCUGUUUCCUUCACAGGACAGAUCACAGUGAGAUUCUCUUUCAUACACCUUCUCCUAGCCCUGGUGGGGCCAGGACUGCAUUGACCCUGGACAUCAAAGGGAAGAUUAUGUGGCUGCUAAGGCCAUCAGCCCACAGCAGCGGUUGGUCCAGCUUGGGCUUCUGGCUCCCAGAGCCCGGGCUCCCGUGGCAUAUAUAAAAGGCGGAGCCUCAUAAACUGUUGCACCUGGCAGCUGCCUUUGUCCCCAGUCCUAGAGACCGAGUCUACACACUGGAAUUGAGCUGUGACUUGAAGGCAGUCCUUCAAAAGAAUGAAGGAUACCCUCCCCUAGGCAGAUGGAGAACCGACUGCCUGCUUCCUGUGAUUGCAAGCACUAGCUGCCAUGCUCUGGGACUGCAGAAUCACAUGACACCUCCUGUGGCUGGCCCCCAAGGACUCUGCAGAGACCCUUUGAUGUGUUCAGUCAAUAGAGCAUUCCUGUUUUUGAAAAUGCAGGGAAGCCUAAGAUGUCUUAAUAAAGUACCGGAUUUGCUGGUGUUCCA